AUGGAGUUAUCAAAUUCAGAAGGUCAGCAACACAAUGAUCACAAUAUUUCACUAAGUCAAAAAUCCCCUGACGAAAAUGAGAAAUAUUGCAUAGAAUGCAACAAAAAAUUCAACUGCAAAAAUUCCACGUCGGACAUAACCCAAAAAUGUCCGCAGUGCUCCGUCAUACGACCUAACUCACCAGCAUCCACUGCUACAACUCGGAGUUCUGCUCAUUCUAACAAGUCACAUUCGCGUAAAAUUCAAUUACAACUUAAAAGACUUGAAGAAGAGCGAAUAUUUAAUACAGAAUAUCUAAAUAAAAAAUACCAACUUCUUGAGGAAGCCGAAGAUAUAAGUGAUACUUCGUCUAACAAAUCCCGAACAGUACAAAAUUGGCUAAAUAAAGUUCCAGAUCAAGAUGAAACAUCAGAAAUUCUCCCUGAAGAUAGGCAUCUAUCUGCCGCUAAUAAUCAAUGUACCAACACAAAUCAGCAAGCUUCAAGCUUGCCCCACGAGAUUGUUUAUUGUGACAUAUCAGGUCACGCCAAUACGCAAAAUAAACCAAAAACAAACAUGCAAAUAAAUCAUAAUCACCAAACUGCAAAUACUUCAUUCGUGCCCAUUGUCUCCACUGCUUCUGCGAGUACCUUGUCAAUACCAAAUCGUGCAAUGUACACGGCAACUACAAGCGUCUGCCACCCAGAAGUGCAGUCAGGUGUCAUUGAUCAUCUUCCUCAUGUAACCGUAAAUCCACAUUUACCUCGACCUCCACUAAUUCGCAAUGCAAAUUUUCGUCCUUAUCAGCCAACAAUUAUUAAUAAUUCUGCUCCCCACACCUUUUUACAAACUGCUCCAAUUUCUACCACCAUGAAUAUUUCACCUAAUGAGGAUCCAGCUCCACUGAAUCGCAAUACGAAUUUCGCUUCUCAUCAGCCACGUCAGCAGUCAUACAUUAAGGAUUCAGCUCCACAUACGUUCUUACAGAAUGAACCGAUGUCUUCGACUAUGAAUAUUUCUCCUAAUGCCAAUACAGCGACAUCAUUUUGUCCACCUGUAAGUCUGGAACCUCACAACAGGCUACUACAGUCGCACAUAAAUGCUAGGCAAUCCAUGCCGAAGGAAUUGCCACCAUUCUCUGGCAAUCCGGAAGAAUGGCCCACUUUUAUUUCCACUUUGGAAUGGUCAACUGCCGCCUGCAACUUCACUAAUGCGGAAAACUUAAUCCGUCUUCAAAAAUCUCUUAAGGGAGAAGCUCUCCAAAGCGUGCAACAAAUGUUGAUUCAUCCUGCUAAUGUACCAGGAGUAGUUGAGGUACUUCGAUUGCUGUACGGCCAACCUGAAAAAAUUAUCAAUUCAAUAAAAUAUAAAAUAAAAUCGUCGCCAGUAGUUGAUGAAAACAAUCUAAAAACACUUACCACAUUUGCGAUAAAAGUCCGAAGCCUAAUUUCCACCAUCACCGCCAGCAAUUUGUAUGAUGAAAUAAAUAAUUCAUCUCUUCUCUUUGAUUUGAUACAAAAGCUCCCCCCUUCGUAUCAAAUGCAAUGGGCAAAUUACAAAAUGCAGUUGAUGAACCAAAACAAAAAUCCAAAUUUAUCUGAAUUUGACAAAUGGAUAUUCAGCAUUGGCAUCACUGCCAGUAGUAUAGCAGUUGAACCUCACUGUUCGAAAACAACAACAAACCAUAAAGACAAAAUAUCAGCAAAUAACAAAAAAGCAUACAAAAAAGAUUACGUUUAUACUCAUAGCGAUGAACGUAAAUGUGUUGUAUGCAACAACAACUGCAAAGCAGUAGCUAGCUGUCAAACAUUCCUCUCACUCGAUCGUGGAGAGAAAUGGAAUGUGGUGAAAAGGAACAAACUUUGCAAGUUUUGUUUGUGUAAGCACAACGAUGAGUGCAGAAAGAAGAAGAAAUGUGGUAAAGAGGGGUGCGAAUAUUUUCACCACUCGUCAUUACAUCGAUAUUCACAACCUGCAAAUGAACAUAAUGAAAUGUCAAAUGACAAUGUAAACAAUUUGCAUAUAGAAGAAGUAGUAAACAACUCACAUAGUGCUGAAAUAAAAAAUAUUUUGUUCAAAAUAAUUCCUGUAAAAAUAUAUGGAAAAGAUAAAAGCAUAAACACAUAUGCUUUCAUAGAUGACGGAUCUUCAAUCAGUUUAAUGGACGAGUCGUUAGUGAACCAAUUGGAUGUGGAGGGCAUUUCCAACCCCCUCUGCCUUCGGUGGACUGGAGGUGGAAAUGGAAAGCGCUUCAACAUGAAUGUUUUUACUGUAAAUUCGCUAAAUUUACCAUCCCAAUCGCUGGAUUAUAGAGUUAUGGCGCAAAAUUAUCGCCACUUGCGAAAUCUUCCUGUGAAAAGUUAUAGUAAUGCUGUGCCAAUGUUGUUAAUUGGAUUGAAUCAUUUCGACCUAGGAAUUCAUAAUAAAGUCCGUGAGGGAUCCCCGUAUGAGCCCGUUGCUGUACGAACACAACUUGGAUGGCUAAUAUACGGCACAGUCGCAGAGAACAAGAACUCAGGUAAGCACUUUAAUUAUCAUAUAUGUGAGUGUUCUGCGAGUGAUAAUGAUUUAGACAAGUUGGUCAGAAGCUAUUAUGCUCUUGAUAGCGUGGGGAUUAGCAUAAAAGACCCUCUUAUUGCUGAAAGCGAACAACGCGCGUUGCAUCUAUUAGAUAACUUUACAAAACGAAAUGCCAAUGGUAACUAUAUAGUUCCAUUAUUAUGGAAAUUCGAUUUAGUAAAAUUGCCUGACAGUUAUGAUAUGGCCUUCAAACGCCUUGUUUGCUUAGAGCGAAAAUUAAAGCAAAAUGACGAGCUUUUCAACACAUUUAAAGAAACAUUGUCAAAAUACCUAUCUAAGGGCUACAUAAGAAAAUUGAAAGAAAAUGAAAUUGAUCGAGCCGAUGGAAGAGUUUGGUAUCUACCAAUUUUCGCUGUCUUUAAUAGAAACAAACCCGGUAAAUCGCGCGUAGUUUGGGAUGCAGCAGCAAAAUCAAAUGGAUCAUCUUUAAAUUCAUUUCUUUUAAAAGGACCUGACUUUCUAGCUUCAUUACCAUCAAUUCUUUUUAAAUUUCGGCAAAAAUCUGUGGCUAUAUGUGGAGACAUUGAGGAGAUGUUCCACCAAAUUUAUAUACGGCGUGAAGAUCGCGACGUACAAAGAUUUUUGUGGCGAGAGUGUAUGCAGGAGAAAAUUCCCGAAAUAUACGUAAUGGAUGUAAUGAUAUUCGGUGCCACAUGUGCUCCAAGCAUUUCACAGUAUGUGAAAAAUCAUAAUGCAGCUCAAUUUAAAAGACAAUUUCCUACUGCAUCCAAAUCAAUAAUAGAAAAUCAUUAUGUAGACGAUCUUCUGGAUUCCGUGGAUACUGCUCAGGAGGCUAUUCAAUUAAUUACCGAAGUGUCAUAUAUUCACCGCCAAGCCGGUUUUAAUAUUCGUAAUUGGAUCUGUAACAACCAAUUUGUAAUGGAUUCUCUUCCUACAAUCGAAGCACAGAACGUUAAAUGCCUAAAUUUCAAAGAAAACCAACAGAUUGAGAAGGUUUUGGGAGUAUUUUGGGAAUAUUUGGAGGAUGUAAUAACAUUCAAAAUUUCUAACUGGCUUAUGGAAAGCGAUAUAUUUUCGAAUAAAAAAUCUCCCACUAAAAGGCAAAUGCUAAGAUUAGUUAUGUCUAUUUACGACCCGCUCGGUCUCAUCGGACACAUUAUAAUGUAUGUAAAGAUUCUUAUGCAAGAAGUUUGGAGGGCCAAAAUAGAGUGGGACGAAUCGAUUCCCCUUGAAUUGAACCGAAAGUGGAUCCAAUGGGUCAAUAUUUUACCCGAAAUACAAAAUAUUAAAAUUCCCCGUUGUUAUUUAAGAUCUUUUGAUACCCAUACAGAUACAGAGGUGCAACUGCAUACCUUUGUCGACGCAAGCAAAGAUGGUUAUGCAGCCGUCUGCUAUUUCAGAUUGAAAAAGAAUGAUACAAUCGUUUGCUCCAUUGUGGGGUCGAAAACCAGGGUAGCACCUAUUAAGAUUACAUCUGUGCCACGUCUUGAACUUAUGGCCGCCCUUAUAGGUUCUCGUUUUGCCAAAUUUGUAAUGGAAAAUCAUGAUAUUAAAAUAUCUAAAAAAUAUUAUUGGUCUGAUUCAAAAACAGUGCUAAGCUGGAUCAAUUCUGAUGCCAGAAAAUAUAAUCAGUUUGUGGCUUUUCGAGUCACAGAGAUUUUAGAGUUGUCUUCGCUCAAUGAAUGGAAGUGGGUCCCAAGCAAGCAAAACGUAGCUGACGAUGCUACAAAAUGGUCGAAGAUACCUGUAAUUUCUAUAGAUAGUAGAUGGUUUAACGGUCCAGAUUUUUUACAUUUGCCUGAGGAGGAGUGGCCUAAAACAAGUGCUCAUCCUGAGCCAACGGAAGUAGAACGAGUACAUCAUUCUUUUAAAAUUACAACAUUAUAUACAACCUUUGAUGUACUCAGAUUUUCGAAAUGGGUCCGCCUUUUAAGGACGGCUGCAUAUGUACUACGAUUUAUUAACAAUUGUCGCAGAAUUAAGAAACAAACUCAUGAAUUAACUCAAGAGGAGCUAAAACGAGCAGAAACAAUUUUAUAUAGGCAGGCUCAAAGUGAAACAUAUUCCGCAGAAAUAUCACAACUUAUGUCGAAAGCCUCUAUACACAAAUCCAGCGAUAUUUAUUGCAAAUCACCGUAUCUGGAAGAUGGCGUUUUACGUGUGUAUGGAAGAAUUGAUGAAGCAGAUGUGCCUUGGGAACAAAAACGCCCUAUUAUCUUACCUCGAGAAUGUCAUAUAACAAAACUGAUAUUGUUACACUAUCAUGAGAAAUUUCACCAUAUGAAUCAUGAGACAGCCAUCAAUGAAAUCAGACAAAAAUUCUCGAUUUCCAGACUACGUACGACAUUUAAAACAAUAACACGAUCCUGUCAAAUGUGUAAAAUCCACAAAGCUAUUCCACAAAGUCCACAAAUGGCAAAAUUGCCUAGAGCACGACUGGCUUCAUUCGGUGCACCAUUUUCUUUUACCGGAAUAGAUUUCUUUGGUCCCAUAUUGGUCACCGUCAAUCGUCACAAGGAAAAAAGAUAUGGAUGUCUGUUUACAUGUUUGACCAUACGAGCAAUUCACAUCGAGGUUGCAUAUUCGCUGACAACAAGUUCAUGUAUUCUAGCCAUUCGAAAUUUUAUGGCACGAAGAGGAAUUCCACUUGAAUUCUAUAGUGACAAUGGCACAAAUUUUGUUGGCGCAGAGAGAGAGUUACGUGAGGCGGUAACUGAGGUAGAUAAAGAUGAGUUAGUAAAAACUUUCACUAGUACUACGACAAAAUGGAAUUUUAAUCCUCCUGCCUCACCUCACAUGGGAGGUGCGUGGGAGCGGCUUGUACGAUCAAUUAAAACUAUUUUAUAUAAAAUUAUACCAGCAAGGUGUCCUAGUGAUGAGCUCCUAUUAAGUACCUUAAUAGAAGUUGAAAAUAUCGUAAAUUCUAGGCCUCUUGCUUAUGUUCCUGUGGACGACGAAACGUCAGAGGCUUUAACUCCAAAUCACUUCCUAGUGGGAAGUUCAAGUGGGUUAAAACCGAUAUCAGUUUGCAGCGACAGUGGCAUAUUAUUAAAGCAAAAUUGGCUGCUUUCACAACAAUAUGCAAACAUAUUUUGGAAAAAGUGGUUAGCUGAAUUCUUGCCUUCGUUAACUUGUAGGUCGAAAUGGUACGAAAAAUCUAAACCAUUAUGUCAGGGGGACUUAGUGAUUAUUGUUGAUCCUUCUCUACCUCGAAAUGUUUGGCUGCGUGGUAAAGUACUUCAAACGAGAUUGGCAAGUGAUGGACAGGUCCGUAGUGCAAAAGUGCUCACACAACGAGGUAUCAUGGAUCGGCCUGUAACUAAAUUGGCAAUUUUGGACGUAGCCCCUCAACGAGAGUCUGGCAGCGGAAAGGUUCCUUGCCAUACUGCGGGGGGAAUGUUAGCGGCACUCCCAAAAUCUCAUUGAUUUGUAAACGAUCUUGCAACACUGUUGCUUAUGAAAUAAUAAUUUUUGGAAUGUCAAUUUAUUGUAAAUAUUUAACGAAACUUAGAAAAAAUGUCAAGUAGCGUCCCUGAGUACCGCCAUUUUCUGUCCUGAAUAAAUACCAAUAAGUUGGAUAAUACGCUGUGCUCAGGAACUGAUUUUUUGAACUAUUUUAAAAGUUUUUGUGGUUUCAUACCAAAAAGUAUGGCUUGUUUUAUAUUUACUAUUUUAUAGUUUUUUAAUUCCUAAUUUUUUUUUGUAAUUUAGGAAUUUUAAUAGAAAUACAUUUUGUGAAAUAAAUCAACUUUUAUGGAACAAGUUGUAUUUUAUUCAAAAUCCCAGUGGA